UCCUGGAAGGGAUGGAGGAGGCCGGGGCCGACUGCGCCUUAGCUUUCGCCGAGGCCCAGAGAUGGGUGGAGGCAGUAACAGAGAAGCAUUUUGAAACAAAGGAUUUUCGAGCUUCUCUGGAGAACGGUGUUCUGUUGUGUGAUUUGGUUAAUAAACUUAAACCUGGCGUCAUUAAGAAGAUCAAUAGAUUAUCCACACCAAUAGCAGGUUUGGAUAAUAUAAACGUUUUUUUGAAAGCUUGUGAACAGAUUGGAUUGAAAGAAGCCCAGCUUUUCCAUCCUGGGGAUCUACAGGAUUUAUCAAACCGAGUCACCGUCAGGCAAGAAGAGACUGAUAGGAGAGUGAAAAAUGUUUUGAUAACACUGUACUGGUUGGGAAGAAAAGCACAAAGUAACCCAUACUAUAAUGGACCCUAUCUUAAUUUGAAAGCCUUUGAGAAUCUUUUAGGACAAGCUCUGACUAAGGCUCUUGAAGACUCCAGCUGUCUGAAAAGGAGUGGCAGGGACAGUGGUUACGGUGAUCUCUGGUGUACUGAACGUGGAGAAUUUCCUACUUCUUCGGGCAACCACAAGCGAGAAGAUUCCUUCGAAAGCUUGGACUCUUUGGGGUCUAGGUCAUUCACAAGCUGCUGCUGCGAUAAUAUUUUGAGAGGCGGACGUGAGGGUUGUGAAAGUGACACAGAUUCUGAAUUUACAUCCAAAAUGCAGGAUUAUAAUAAAGAUGAUAUGUCCUAUCGAAGGAUUUCGGCUAUUGAACCAAAAUCUGCUUUACCGUUCAAUCGUUUUUUGCCCAAUAAAAGUAGACAGCCAUCCUAUGUGCCGGCUCCAUUGCGGAAGAAAAAGCCUGACAAAAAUGAGGAUAACAGAAGAAGUUGGGCCAGCCCGGUCUAUCCAGAAGCAGAUGGAACAUUUCCAAGUAACGAGAGGAGGACUUGGGGCACAAAUGUGGAGAACUGGCCAAGAGUACAAGAAACUUCAAACUCCUCUUGUUACUUGGAAGAGGAAGAAGAAAAGACAAGUAUGCCCAACACUGUAAAGGAUGAUCUAUACGUGCGAAAGCUAAGUCCAAUCAUGCCAAACCCAGGGAAUGCUUUUGAUCAGUUUCUUCCCAAAUGUUGGAUCCCAGAAGACGUGAACUGGAAAAGAAUAAAAAGGGAAACUUACAAACCAUGGUAUAAAGAAUUUCAGGGAUUCAGUCAGUUUUUAUUACUUCAGGCACUCCAAACAUACUCUGAUGACAUCUUGUCUUCUGAAACAAAUAUCAAAAUUGAUCCCACUGCCGGCCCAAGGCUCAUAACACGCAGAAAGAAUGUCUCUUCUGCACCAGGGUGUAAAAGAGAUGACCUUGAGAUGUCAACCCUAGAUCCUGACUUAGAAAAUGAUGAUUUCUUUGUCAGAAAGACUGGGGCUUUCCAUGCAAAUCCAUAUGUUCUCCGGGCUUUCGAAGACUUUAGAAGGUUUUCUGAGCAAGAUGAUCCUGUAGAGCGAGAUAUAAUUCUGCAGUGUAGAGAAGGUGAACUUGUACUUCCAGAUCUAGAAAAAGAUGAUAUGAUUGUUCGCCGAAUUCCAGCGCCGAAGAAAGAGGUGCCUCUCUCAGGGGCCCCGGAUAGAUACCAACCAGUCCCUUUCCCUGAACCCUGGACUCUUCCUCCAGAAAUUCAAGCAAAAUUUCUCUGUGUACUUGAAAGGACACGCCCACCCAAAGAAAAAAGAAAAAGCUGUAGAGUAUUAGUGCCUUCCUACAGGCAGAAGAAAGAUGACAUGUUGACUCGCAAGAUCCAGUCUUGGCAGCUGGGGACGACUGUGCCUCCUGUCAGUUUCACCCCUGGUCCCUGCAGUGAGGCGGACCUCCGGAAGUGGGAGGCCAUCCGGGAGGCCAGCAGACUUAGGCACAAGAAACGGCUGAUGGUCGAGAGACUCUUUCAAAAGAUUUAUGGUGAGAAUGGGAGUAAGUCCAUGAGUGAUGUCAGCGCAGAGGAUAUUCAGAACUUGCGUCAGCUGCGUUACGAGGAGAUGCAGAAAAUAAAAUCACAACUAAAAGAACAAGACCAGAAAUGGCAAGAUGAUCUUGCAAAAUGGAAAGAUCGUCGAAAAAGCUACACUUCAGAUCUGCAGAAGAAAAAGGAAGAGAGGGAAGAAAUUGAAAAGCAGGCACUUGAGAAAUCUGAGAGAAGCUCUAAGACAUUUAAGGAAAUGCUACAGGACAGGUACUUUCCUCCAUGUGGGUGCCAGGGACACCUGAUCCCACCGUUUCGUGUUUGUUUUCAGGAUCAGUUCAGUGAUAUGAGAAUCAGCAUAAACCAGACGCCUGGGAGCGGUCUUGACUUUGGGUUUACAGUAAAAUGGGCUUUUUCUGGGAUCUUCGUUGCAUCAGUCGAAGCAGGUAGCCCAGCAGAAUUUUCUCAGCUACAGGUAGAUGAUGAAAUUAUUGCUAUUAACAACACCAAGUUUUCAUAUAAGGACACAGAAGAGUGGGAAGCAACCAUGGCUAAUGCUAAAGAAACUGGAAACCUAGUAAUGGAUAUCAGGCGCUAUGGAAAAUCUGGUUCACCCGAAACAAAGUGGAUUGAUGCAACUUCUGGAAUUUACAACUCAGAAAUAUCUUCAAAUCUGUCAAUAACAACUGAUUUCUCAGAAAGCCUCCAGCAUUCUAAUAUUGAAUCCAAGGAAAUGAAUGGAAUUCAUGAUGAAAGUACUACUUUUGAAUCAAAAGCAUCUGAACCUAUUUCUUUGAAAAACUUAAAAAGGCGAUCACAAUUUUUUGAACAAGGAAGCUCAGAUUCUGUGGUUCCUGAUCUUCCAGUUCCGACUCUCAGUGCCCCAAGCCGCUGGGCGUGGGAUCAAGAGGAGGAGCGGAAGCGGCAGGAAAGGUGGCAGAAGGAGCAGGACCGCCUGCUGCAGGAAAAAUAUCAACGUGAGCAGGAGAGACUCAGGGAAGAGUGGCAAAGGGCUAAGCAGGAAGCCGAGAGAGAGAAUUACAAGUACUUGAAUGAGGAACUGAUGGUCCUGAGCUCAAACAGCAUUUCUCUGCCCACCCGGGAGCCUGCCGUGGCCACCUCGGAAGCCUCCUGGGGUGAGGGGUCCAAGUCGUCAGACUGGGAAGGGACCCGAGCAGGAGAGGAGGAGAGGAGACAGCCAAAAGAAGGUGCAGAGGAGGACCAAAGAAAGAAGCUGCAGGAGCAACUCACGCUUGAGAAAGAGAGGAAACUGAAGGAGCAACAACAUGAGGAAGAGCCAGAGCAGAAGCAGCGUCAGGAGGAGGCCCAGGAGCAGAAGCACCAGGCAGAGAGAGAGAGGGAAACUUCAGUCAAAAUAUACCAGUAUAAAAGGCCUGUUGAUUCCUAUGACAUACCAAAGAGAGAGCAAAAAUCUUCAGGGCUGCUUCCUAGUGACAGGAAUAAAUCCAGAUCCACAACUGAACUGAAUGAUUACCCUACAAAUAAAAAUGGAGGCAAUAAAUAUUUAGACCAAAUUGGGAGCACUAGCUCAUCACAGAGGAGCUCCAAGAAGGAACAAGUCCCAUCGGAAGCAGAGUUAGAGAGACAACAAAUUCUUCAAGAAAUGAGAAAGAGAACAUCUCUUCUCAAUGACAACAGCUGGAUCCGGCAGCGCAGUUCCAGUGUACAUAAGGAGCCGAUCUGUCUGCCUGGGAUUAUGAGAAGAGGUGAAUCUCUAGAUAACCUGGAUUCCCCAAGAUCCAGUUCUUGGAAACCAUCCCCUUGGCUCAAUCAGCCUUCAGGAAUCCAUGCUUCUUCCUCUGUUCAAGACUUCAGUCGCCCCCCGCCUCAGCUGGUGUCCACGUCAAACCGGGCCUACAUGCGGAAUCCAUCCUCCAGCAUCCCCCCUCCUUCCACUGGUUCCGUGAAGACCACCGCUGCACCUUCUCCCACACCACGCAGCCAUUCUCCUUCAGCAUCACAGCCGGGCUCCCAGCUCCGCAACAGUGUGUGGCCUGUGAGUGUCAUCUCGGAGGCUCCAGCUCAGGAGCCGAAGUCAGAAUCAGAAACCACCAACUCUACUGCAACGACUGCUAUCUCAGAUUCAAAUCUGGACGGCCAACCGCCAUGUGAUGUAAGCCUCCAUACGAAAGCACUGUUGCAGAUAGAAGAAGAGGUGGUUGCUCCUGAUGUAGAUCUAUAAAUACGUGUUAUAUGUCGUUUUUGCUCUUUUUUUGAAAAGGAUAACACUUCUUUUUUUUUAAAUUUUUUGCCUCUCUAGAUUACAUCAGAGCAUUAUGGUCUUGGUAGAACCUAUAUUUUUGUUGUUGUUUAUUUAUAAGAAGGUGAUUCUGUGUGUGUGGGGGGGGAAGUGCAGUAUUUACUUUUUGAAUUCAACAUCUUAAAAGCACAAGGGAAAAAUAAGAACUUCAAAAUAUUUUUGAUGCUGAUAUUGAUCUAGUUUGACUUUCUAGUGGUGUUUUGAAGAGGGUUAUUUUAUUGUUUUUUUUUUAAAAAGGUUCUGAAACAUUAUUUGAAAUAGUUAAUAUAAAUAUAUAAUUGUGUUUGCUCUGUUUAUUGUAAUGUAUACUAAAUUAAUGCAGAACCGUAUAGGAAAUUUCACUAAAAUCUACCCACAAAUUUGCUUUCUAUGUCCUUCUUUUCAUCUAUGUAAUAUUGUGCUUUUUAAAAAAAUUUUUUUAGCAUAUGUGACAUUUUAUUUGCUUGAUGAGGGGAUCUCUAUUUUCUUCACCAGAAUGAUCACUAAGCAAUGCCCAAUAGAAAGCUGCUGCUUUUCAUUAAUACAGAAUCAUCAUGGUUUGUAUACCAAAAGUUUUCUCCAGGAACUAAUAAGCCUUUCUGUUCCACUGUGUUUGUAAAUAAACUUGCUGAUGCAUUAA